GUUUUGCUUCGUAGUGGACGCUGGAGCUACCAACCGCACUUGCGCACACACACACACACACACACACACUGACUCACUUUCUCGUUGCCAAUAAACCCGAACGCUACAUACCAGCUUCUCUUGCCUCUCUUUCUUUCUAACCCUUCCUCCUCUUUCUCUACCCUGCUGCUCUAUCUACCACUACUCCCUUGACCUCUCGUUGCUGCUGCCAUUUCAUCUAUUUAAAGGGCUGUUACAACUCUAAGCAAUCAAAAAAAAAGAACGGUGUUACGAUUAUUAUGCAAUACACACGAUGAGCUUCCCCGGCAAUCCACCCGCAUCUUCCAGCAAUCCUAUGCAGGCGGGACCUCGCUCUUAUCAAUCGUCACCCGUCGCUCCUACUGGUCCUUCAGCAUCCACUUCAUUCAACACUCGCCACAAGUUGGAACAUAUUGUUCAAAACUUUUACACAAAGACGGCCCAGGUGGUAGUUCAGGCACGCUUAGAUCCAGAACAACAAGGCAGCACGAAUCGUCGCAGUAGCAGUAGUAGUAGCACUCUAGCAAGCAACAGCAGCAAAACGAACAAGCCAAACAAAUGGUUUAACAUAGCAACACAAGACAUUGACUUUUUGCGAGAAGAAUUGAAAUUUUGGCGUGCAUUAUCGAUACAAUCAGAAGCAGGAGAGCCGCCACCACUCAUACUGGACGUUGUUCUGGAUGUGUCGCAAUUGACACAGAGUCAGAUUUUGGUGUUGGCAGAUGAUCCGUCACGACUCAACAAGGUCGACAUAAACGGUGUGGAAACCAUCUUACUCGAACGAUGGGUAUUGUCUCUCAACCAUCCAUUACCGGAUUUCUCAGUGGAUCUACCGAAUCUGUACAAACGAAGCAUUGCAUUCUUCCGGGCCCUGUAUUCAUUCGUCAGAUUACUGCCCUGUUACAGUCUGCAUGGAAGACUUUGCAAUUACGGCCAACUGAAUGGCUUGGCACUAAACUAUCGGUUGACUUCGACGCCUACAUAUCGCAAUGAUGAGAUCCCGCUAGAUCAACCCAUGCUGCGUGGCGGUGCCACCGAUGAAUACGAGUUUUCAAAUGUUGUGACACCGUUGGGGACCUUUAAACUCCAUGUCGAGUACCGCAAGAAUUGCGAUUUUCGACUAGAAGACUCAGAACGCGAUUUGAGUGCACGCAUGAUUGACAUGGAUGAACACUUUUUUACACCCACCAUGGUGCAACACCGACAAGAACAACACCCACGCGCAAUAUAUCCGCACGAUGAAGAAGCAACGGCAUCCCGUCAUGCACACCGCAAUUCUCCGCCUUAUGCAAAUGCUCGACAAAGCAGCACCGACUCGUCCGAUCCACGCGAAAUCAUUCAACAGCAACAGCGAAAAUCGAGUAUGGGUUUUCGCGGAGGAUCACCCACAUCUGUAUCACCAUUGAAUCGUGAGACGGGCUCUAGUUUGCGUGCCAGUCCAGUCAAAUCCUCCACUACUGCUGUUGUCGGUACUCCGCCGACGAGCACGAAAAGAAGAACAUCGGCACCACACAUGUCUCCGUUUAAAUCGCCCUCGCUUUCUUCUUCGCCACAAGCUGAGGCUUUAUUAUCGUCAGGUGUCCGACCACAAGCUUCUCCAAGUGAAAGAACACGAGCACUUAAUGUUGAAAGCUCCUCAUCGACGAGUAGAAACAAGGUAGAAUUUUCGCCAAGUUUUGACAAGAUACAAAGUAGCCCUGGUCGAACAGAGACAAGUAUGAUGACUAGACGAUGGUCUCGUGCUAGCGACCAUAGCUCGAUCAAUAAUUUCAGUACCGAUGAUCCCGAACUUGAAGAAUUCAUACGAGCAGCAGCCGCCAAGCCUGAUCUUAAACUGGCUCAGAGUCGAGCCAGCAACAGCAGUCAGAUGAUGGAAAGUGCAAACUUGUCGCCUACUUCAGAAACCAGCAGCAGUUUAGGUGCUAGUGGAUAUGGUAGCGGAUCCAUUUAUCGGUCCAAGAAAGCACUCUCUCAUUAUAAGAAUUUGCGAGAUACCCAUAAUACAUUGUCUGAAUCACUGUCAUCUAGCGUGCUCACAAGUGGCGAACGGCAAGAGUCAUCACCUGCUGUUGGCACGUCGUUAGGAUCAUCAUCUACAUCUUCGAAUAGUCGACCCUAUCUACCGGCAGUUCGCUCACCAUUGCAUUCAGAGGGAAGCGCGAGCAACAGCAACAAUCCAUCAACAUCACCGAUGCAUAUUCCACGUAGCCAUCAUCGCCAUAGCCUCGGUAAUACUAGCGACACCGGCAAUAAUACCACUACCACCACUACAAGCACUACCUCUACUACUGCAGCUGUAGCAGCUGUUGGAUCUCAUACAGCUACAACCACUGCUACUACUGCCAUUUCAACUGCUCGACAGCAUCGACGAUAUCACUCCUCACAAAACGCCAAAUACAACAAAGAAGCUGGCGACGGACAUGACUGCGUUAAUGAUGUAAAUGCAGACGGGGCCUUUUCCAGCUAUCCACAAGAUCGUCAUCACGAUGAACUGCGCCGACUCUGUGUUCUCGAAAGCGAUUCCUCCUCAUCCAUGAUCCGCAGACAAGAAAGCCUGAGCAGUUUACAAGAUGACUCCCAUGCAGGUCUUCAGAGCUCUGGCAGUGUCAUGCACAAUCAAGGCGGACGGGCGAGCUCCCUUGACGAUGACGAUUCACUUGUAUUCAAAAUGAGCGAACUUGAAGCCCACCAUCCUGCAGAUGAAUCCAAUGACAAUAUUGUACUGCAUGGUACCCGUGAUUAUGCACGUCGGCUUGGUAUCAAUAGUCCUAGUAGCAGAACAGCGGCAACAACGACGGCAUCAUCAUCCCCAUCAUCGCCAAUAACUACGACAACAAUGAUGGCAGCUUCGUCGCCGAUAACAACGACAGCAGCAGUCGGGGUUGAUCCAAACGCAAUCACGCCUGUACGCCGUAUCAGUAGCAGCACAAGUAUACCCCAGACUACGGUCGCUAUGGCCACGGUUGUGGAAGAGGAGGAAAGAAGUGCAAGUGCAAGCAAUAGUAGUAGUAAAAGUGAUCCCCAUUCUAAAUAUCCUCGUGACUUUUGGUGAAAGUUUCCCUUUCUUAUUCUCUUGUAAUGAGCACCUUUACGUAAAUCUUUAUCAUGCACACACAAAUUCACUCACACACUCGCACUUUUACACUUAACGCAGCAUAAAUCACAGACAAAUUUCCAUGCGCACACCACCAUCCCCACUCGCCCCCAUCCGUUUUUUUUUGUUUUGCAUUUCCUUUUUUUUUUGUUUUUCUUUUUGUACUUUUAAUAUCAGUUAUUUAUGUGUGAAAACA